GCGCGGGAGCGGGACGAGGCGGCGAUGGUGACUGGGCAGCGGCGCGGGGCCGGGUCCUGGGCAGGGAGGCUCGGCGGCCCCUUUCUUUCUCCGCCCCCGCCCCUCCUCCUCCUCCUCCCUCCCUGCUAGCCCCGGCGGCGGCGGCCGAGGUCGGCGCUCUCGCUGGCCCGCCUCGCCUCCUCCCCCAGCCGGGACCCUCUCCCUCCGCCGCGCCCCCUCCGCUCGCCGCCGCCGCCUCCCUCCUCCCUCCUCCCUCCCGCUCCUUCCCCGAGCGGCCGGCGGGGCGAGAGCGCGGUGGCUGCGAGGAGGCGUAACGGAAAGCCCCGGCGUGGGGAGGCUGCGGGCUCGAGCCGGAGACGCCGAGAGGGGCCCGGCUUAAUGGAAUAAUCAAGCCUCUGGCGUUGGCCUUACAUGAACAGACUCUUCCUGGUGUUAUUUUGCAGACUUGGUAAACUGAGAAGCAGACUCUUGGGCUCACAGCUGACCUGUGGUUUUUGCAUCUCGCUAAGGAGCACCUUCUCAUAAAGAAGCCGGAUUCAAGGUGAUGGUUGUGUCUGGGCCUCACGCUGCCAGACACAUGGUGGCAUUUUUCUGAAGUUGCUCCUUGAGAUUUCUGAGCAUUCCUGCCUCUAGAACAGGUGCAUUUGGAAAAGCUGGAACUGCUUGAGAAGUUAUUUCACAGCAUAUCCAGGUGAGGCCGGCGCCUGCCCCGGAGCUGCUGCGACAUGGCAGCGUGACAGCCCGGGACUGCCCUGCCAGGAGAAACGGAGCCCGAGGCUUCGGGGAGCGAAUGCCCGGAGCAGUGACUUCCUUCUGAGGCUUCCUGAGCCUUCUUCCCCACCGGCUUGCGUUGUUAUUAACCCCGUGGACUCCUGACUCUUUUUCCGCCUUGAACAUCAAUAUGUGUCAUGUUAUUGUCACCUGUCGCUCGAUGCUCUGGACCCUCCUGAGUAUUGUGGUGGCUUUUGCAGAGCUCAUUGCCUUCAUGAGCGCUGACUGGCUAAUUGGCAAAGCCAAGACCCGCAGCAACGCUGAGCCCGAUGACCAGAGCGGAGGCUCCUCAGAGCCCUACCACCCUACUCUAGGAAUCUAUGCCCGCUGCAUCCGGAACCCCGGGGUGCAGCACGUCCAGCGGGAGACGCUGUGCGGGCCCUACGCUGAGAACUUCGGCGAGAUUGCCAGCGGCUUCUGGCAGGCCACCGCUAUUUUCUUAGCCGUGGGCAUUUUCAUUCUCUGCACGGUGGCCUUGGUGUCCGUCUUCACCAUGUGUGUGCAGAGCAUCCUGAAGAAAAGUAUUUUCAAUGUCUGCGGGCUCUUGCAAGGCAUUGCAGGCCUCUUCCUCAUCCUCGGUCUGAUACUCUACCCAGCGGGCUGGGGCUGCCAGAAGGCCGUAAGCUACUGCGGACACUAUGCGUCAGCCUACAAACCUGGAGACUGCUCCUUGGGCUGGGCUUUUUAUACAGCCAUUGGUGGCACAGUCCUCACCUUUCUCUGUGCUGUCUUCUCCGCACAAGCAGAAAUUGCAACCUCCAGUGACAAAGUACAGGAAGAAAUCGAAGAGGGGAAAAACCUUAUCUGCCUCCUUUAGAGACAUUAAUGCCAUUUUCUUCCUUGUGUAACCUUGUGUAACAGUCUGCAUCUGGUUUUGUCAUUUGAGUCAAGUGAAGAACUAGCCUUUACCUACCAAAGCCACAUUCCACAGCCCCCAAACCCUGAGCCUUAAGAGGGCCAACGAGAGGCAAUAAGCAAAGUGUCUGCACACGAGGGCUGCAGUUAGACGGAACACAAAAAUUGUACAUAAACCCUGACAUGCAGCUGAUACAUUGUCAGACUCCGUUGUCUCCAAGGCUCAAUGAAGGAUAAUGAUCUAAACCAUUAAAGCAGCAAUUUCUUCGGAAACAGGAGACUGUUAACCAGAUUUGUGGGCUGUUUUGAGAUGUGUGUCUGCUACAAGACUGCAUACCUGUGAGCAUCUCUGCCUCAGAAUGAAGUUUAGGGGUUGGUGUAUUGUUUCUUUCAAGUUAUCUCAGUCAGAGGCUACAACAAAGAGCGCACACUUACCAGUGACAGGAUGUAUGCUAAAGGGCAUAACAAGAUACUGUCUCUUGCUUAGCCGACCAAAGGGAGUCAGCAGGGAUGGUGUGGGAUCCUGGUGUGGAACGUAUUCUCGGCUGAAUUCCAGUGUAGGGCGGAUCAAUUGAACUGUCACUCCGAGUAAAGACCUGUGUGAUCAUGCGAAAAAAAGUACAAAAUCCUGCUAGUGAAGACAAAUUCACUGUGCUUCCCAGCAGUCAAGCUAGUGCCAGUACUGGCCCAGCCUCUUCUUCCACUGAACAUCACAUUUUCUUCUAGGGUUAGGGCUGCACUUUGACUGCCAAAGGAAAUCUAUUUCCUCAUUCCAGGCAGAGAGGUCUCCAAGCCAGCUAUGGCUCAUUCACAUGUUCACUGGGAGAACUUGCCAGAAUCUCAGCACCUGUGAGGAGACCUUUUCUCACUGUUUGAUGAUGCAGUAGUCAGCUGUAUUUCCAACCUCAAAAAAAAGCUAGUCAUAGGAGUUAAGUUUUUAUAGUCACUGGUGUUGGCCCUGAAAGCACCCUGAAGUAACGUUAAAUUGCUGCACCUGAUGAGCUGCCACAAAGGCUUCAUUCCCAGCAAAGUACAGAGUAGAAAGUCAAUGCAAAAACAAGAGCAAGACCAAACUCACAGCACCAGCCUAUACCUGUUUACAAAAAGAACUGACCACCCCUAUUUGUAAAGGAUUUAGGGGCUUUUAAUCUAGUUUCUAUAAAUUGCCAAUAUAAUUGAUUCAGGUAAAUGGUAUUAGUUCUGACCUCACAUUUACUUUGGAAUGAUGAAAAUGGCCAGAAAGAACCCAGUCUGGUAUUAUUCUGAGUUUCAGAAUUGCAGAAUGAUAAACACUUCUUCACAACUUAACCAAGUAGAAUGGACCUGUCAGACUUCUAGAAGAAUUAGAAGUAUAGGUCUCUUUGGGUUUAUGAAUCUGCUCACUUGAGGGCUUGCUUUGUUUGAAAACUUAAUUACCACACUCCUUCUUUGGGCACAGUAUUGUAUGCUAAGUGCCACCAGGCAUAGAACCCUGAUUCAGAUUUUACAAGCCUGCCCUGAAUGAAUCAUAAAGCUGUGAGAGUCUAAAACCAUGCCUUGGUGCAGAACAAAUAACUGCUUUAUAGCUAGCUAGCUGUCUGUCUAUCUAUCAUCUAUCUAUCUAUCUAUCUAUCUAUCUAUCUAUCUAUCUAUCUAUCUAUCUAUCUGUCUACCUAUCAUCUAUCUAUCUAUAUCUAUCAUCAUCU